AUGGGUGCUAUUUCUGCCGUCUUCCUGAUCCUUAUUACAAUUUUCUGUCAGUCGCAGACUCCACCUGAUCGUAUAAUGCAGAGUAGAACUAAUGUGGUCGCAGUCCCUCCCAUCGGCGUCUGGGCCGUUGCAGGAUGUGGAAUGGAUCUGUUCAUCAACAUCUGCCUGACUCUUCUUGGCUUCCUUCCAGGUCAUAUCCACGCCUUCUACCUUGAGUACAUCUACUACGAUCGACGAGAACAGGCGCGCGAGGGCCGUUUUGCGACAGGACCUGCGCCUGGCAUUUACUCCGACAACGUGCAGACUGGAGGACAGGGCUAUGGAACAAUGGGGCGCGCAGCAUAA